GUGUUCUUAAACCUGACACCUGUGUGAGUCAUCAUGGCUCAAGUCCAGGGGGAGGCUGGGUGCUCAGGUGAAACUACAGAGUUCAGCUCAGUUCUCCUGGUGAGUGACCAGUAUGCCACAUCAGAGGACUGCGGUUCUAUCAGCAGCAGACAGGUGGCCCAGACCCUAACAGGAGCAGGUAGGAAAGUUUACAGUACCAUUUUGAAAGAAACAGAGGAGGACAGAAAGUGUGCUGAGGCUGAUGGAGUGGAGCUCAUCCUCCCAACCUGCAAUGAUGGAGACACAAGGGAACCUUGUUUGGAUUGGCUGACCUUUGACCACCUCAACCGCUAUCCCAGACUCCCACAGGAUGCAGGGUGGAUUGUGGGUCAUGCAGGGGUCACCAGCAGAGCAGCCGCAACUAUCAAGGAACAGCGUCUCCCCCAAGCAAGUCUCAGUCUUGUCACCCAGACUAUACCUGAAGACACAGAGAAGUACAAGGAAGAGGAGAAGGCCAUGGGCAUUGGUGAGAAGGAAGACUUGAUCAGACAAGAUGCAGAGAAGGCAGACACUGUGUUCUCUGUGGGGCAUAGAACACACGACUACUUUACAAACACAUUUCGUGCAAUUCCUAAAGACAAAAGGCCAACUCACUACCUCUUCCUGCCCAAACCAUCAGACAUGUCACAGAAGACUACAGUUGAGUACUUCGAAACAACUGAGAAAGUUGUUCUGUUGAUCAGCAGGGUGACAACAGUUGAGAGGGUGAAAGGUCUUGACUUAGCAGUCAAGGCCUUGUCUAAGGUAGUAGAAAGGAGUCAGGACAGAAUCAGGUUGCGUAUUCAUACUGUCAGUAAAGAGGAGUUUCAGUUCAGUAAGGACAUCCUCCAAACCAGCUUCAACUCAGGAAAACUCAUCCCCACCUUUCUCCCACACGGCACCCAGGAAGACAUCUGCCGAGACAUGCAGCAGGCCCACCUGGUUCUCAUGCCCUCCCGUGCAGAACCCUUCGGACUGGUUGGUCUGGAGGCUAUGGCAGCCGGCGUGCCAGUCCUCAUAUCUGACCAAUCAGGACUGGCUACCUUGGUCACUAAGGUCGUACCAGAAUUCCACCACUCUAUUGUUGGAAUCACGGGGGAUGAUUGUGUAGAUGUUGGACGUUGGGCAUAUCAGAUUGAGAAAGUUCUGCGUAUGUCAGAAGCCGAGUUCCGUCGGGCGUCUGAACUCAAGCAAAAGCUCCUGGAGUCCAAAUACUGGGAAGAGUCUCAUCAGCAGUUCCUUCAGGCAUGUGGAGGUGCAGGUCAUGUUGCUGAAGCCCAGAAGGGAAAGAGUGGAGCAGCUCUAAACAGAGUCGGAGAGACAUCCACUGAUGAAGGGUUGAGGAAUCGUUCCAAUCAAGGUUCACUACAACACUCUACAGGCCAACUGAAGAGGAAGAGGGAGGAUGGAGAAGAGUUUCCUGUGAAGAAGAAACCAGCUCCUGGUACAUGUAGGGAGGAAGGGUUCCAAGUGGGAGGUGUUCAGAAGUACUUCUAUUACGUGAAGGAAAAGGUGAGCUCAGACUGGAAAGAUGUGGCCCUCCAUCUUGGGGUUGAACAAGCUGACAUCGACAACAUCGAAGGGAGAAACCGGGAUGACAAGUCUUGCUGUAUGGACCUGUUGGAGGAAUGGCUGAAGGGUAACAGAGAGAGAGCCACCAUAGAGGGCCUGAUGGAGGCUCUGAUCAAGGCAAACCUUCAGAGUGUUGUGGAUGGUCUAACGAAGGAGUUUCCUGGUAAGAAGUUUCUAGUCCCAGUUGGAGCAUCAGGAACAGUGGCUUCUUCAGUGAAUCUGACAGAUUUGUUUCAGAGGUCUGUGAAGAAGUACUAUGAGUUGAAACUGACUCACUUUAAGCCUCUGAUCUGGAAUGAUGACUUCACACUUAGCCUCAGUGACAUUUUCACUCAGUUAGACUUGAAACAAACAAAAGAAAGACAAAUCAAAAUGCCCAGGCGUAAAGAAUAUCGCCAGAUAUUAUCAGGGCAAGAAGAACAAAGGAAAGAACUGAAGUCAUUAGACAACUUAUUCGAGCAAAAUAUCACAGGACUGUCCACAGUACCAAGAUGCAUUCUGAUUGAGGGUGAAGCAGGAGGGGGGAAGACAACAUUUCUGUCCAAAGAAGCCCUAGAUGCCGUCUCACAGAAAACAGAACUGGGCAGACGGCACAACAUCGUCCUGUUGAUCCCACUCCGGGAGGUAAGAGAGGAGGAGACCAUAGAGGAGAUAGUGUGUGACCAGUAUGGUCCUGAAACAACUGAAGGUAUUGAUGCACAAUCUAUUAGAAAAAUCCUACAGAGCAACGAGUCCCGUGUGCUCUUCCUCCUGGAUGGGUAUGAUGAGCUGCGGCCUGAGGCCAAAGCAGCCGGGCAGGCCAUUCCCAAACUGCUGUCUGGCAAGCUGUACCCCAACAGCACGAUUGUGAUCACCUCCCGACCCUCAGCAGGAGUGCAGCAGCACACCCGGCCAGACUGUCGCGUGUGCAUCAUGGGCUUCUCCCCCGAGCAUGUGGAGAAACAUGUGAGGAAAUAUUUCUCAAUCACAGAACAUCCUGAGCUUGCAGAUGAUUUCAUCAAACAGUAUUUCACUGAUGAUGAUGACAGUGAUGAUAGUAUUGACAGUGAUGAUGAUGAUAUCAACAGUGGCGAUGAUGAUAAUACACUUAGUGAUGAUUUAGCUAAUUCCAGUCAUGAGAAGGAGAAUACAAGAAGUGCUCUAGUGCUGAAAGAUGACGAAAUCGAAAGUAACUUAAUCAAAACUCCAAUGUUCUUGAUGUUGCUGUGUCUGCUGUGGGAGGAGAACCAAGAGAUGGUGUCAACUGCAACAAGGGUGGGGCUAUAUGACAAAUUGCUGACAUCUCUGGUCAGAAAGUACUGUGAGCGGGAAGGAGUGGACAUGCCAACAGAAGGGCUGCCUACAGAGGUUGCUGAGUCUUUGCUCCAGCUUGGUAAGCUUGCACAAGAGGCACUGCUGAGAAAUGAGACCCUGCUUGAUGUUACACUAGCAGAGAGAGAAAAUUUGAAUUGGCAGUCACUCUUAAAGCUUGGUGUGGUCUCCUUGGAGGUUUCUUCCUCUAGAUUGCAUCCUAGGAAACAGUUGAACUUUUCACACAAGACGAUGCAAGAGUUCCUGGCCGGACGAUAUGUCACUCAUGCUCAAGCAAGCCAAGACAUUGUUGAACUACUGCAGCUCACCUCCAUAAGCAAGGCUCUUGAACUCGGUAACCUGCUUCAGUUCACAUGUGGCUGUGACUCACAGGCAGCACAAGCAGUGAUGGAGGGACUAUGCAAGCUCAGCAGAAGAGAGUUUACACACUUGCAACCAGAACAGUUUGAAAUAUCAAACGUGCCAAUGAAUGGAAACAUGCAAAAGUCCUGUGAUACUUAUGAAGAAUUUGUACACUUGUGCCUGAACAUCCUUAGUGAGAGACAAGAACCAGAAGUGCUUCAGGGUUUCAGUAAAGCCCUGCCAGUUGUCGUGCUGAACAGCUCCAUUAACAGGAAAGAAGCCACAGCUCUUAAGUAUUACAUACAGAAUCUCCAUUCAGCAAACCUGCCAGACAGGCUCAUGCUUAGGAUCCAUGGAGGCACUGACAGCAGAGACCCAGUUCAGUACCUACAGCAGUGUUUUACAACUUCACUCCCUGGACUUAGAUUUGACUUGGGACUAUCAGGACUGUGUAACUCAGAUCAGACAGCCAGAAUGGUUACAGUUCUGAAGAAUGUUCCUUGUUUGAGGGCACUGGAUCUGUCACGCUCAAAACUAACCACAUCAACACUCCAGCCACUUGUGCAGGGGCUCAGACACAUGUCUCUGUUAGAGGAGCUGGAUUUGACUUUGAACAUUGACUUUGGUGAUGGUGGGUUGGAACUCCUACACAUUUGGCUGUCUAGUGUUCCACACCUGGCUGUACUCCGUCUAAGAUUAGUUGAAAUGACAGCACUAGCUGUGGGUAUGUCAUCUCUAGCUCCCUACAUGCGCCACCUAGUGGGACUGAAAGAACUGGACAUAUGUGGUGACAACUGUAUAAGAAGUGACACUUGGCUGGAAUCUCUCACCGACAUUCUCUGCACCUUCACUGCCCUGCAGGUGUUGGGCCUGACUCGGACUCGUAUCUUCCCCACAGGCUUUCGCACACUGGUCCCUGCACUGUGUAAGUUAACUAGACUGAUCAAACUGGACAUAAGUCAAAAUGACAUAUUAGACUCUGGACUAGAAUGCCUGGCUGCCAUCCUCCCCUACCUCACAGCCUUGAAGGUGUUGCUUCUCAGUAGGACACGUAUUAGUGACAGGGGAAUAUCAUCCCUGAUCAAAGCUCUGCCUCACCUAGUGCAAUUACAGGUGUUGGAUGUGAGCUUCAAUCGCAUAGGGGACUGGGGGAUUGCCUCACUGGUGCAAACACUCUGUCAGCCCAGCAGUGUGGAUAAGGAGCAAAACCCACCUGGUGACAGAGGUCUGACUACAGCCCCUCACUAUGACAGCAGACUACAGGAGCUGUACAUUGGGGGGAAUGAGGAAGUAACAGGAGCCGGACUGGGGAGCGUGGCACAGCUCAUCAGCACAUUGCCGGCACUGACCUAUCUGGACAUGUCUGGUGCCAUUGAGUACACACCUGAUGAUGAUGAUGAUGAGGAGGAGGAGGAGGAUGAUGACGAGGAGGAGGAGGCGGACACACCUGCACACCCGUACAUGUCUGACACCGCUGCCAUGGAUCUGGCUGAGGCUCUAUCAAGACUCCCUGCCCUGGAGCGGCUUGACCUGGGGAACAUCUCCAUGGAGCCUGCAGGGUUCCAGGCUGUGAUGCAGGCUGCUGAGGAACACACUACACUGGAGGAGCUGUUGUACAGUAGGGAUCUACUUCCUGAGGGAGUGGACACCACAGCCAGCUGCCUGGUGCUGACUGACCCCUGAGUUCCCAACAUGCCCACCUGUACAUUGUGUCAGCUGAGUGAAAGUGCUCAACCACACUGAUGACUCCAAUGCUAUGGUAGUUGCUGUACUACAGAGGGAAGGUUACUGUGACCAAAGUGCUGAAGCCACUGCCCUUGUCCCAACUCCCAACAUCUACAGAACUGCUAUUUUUAGAUGGACAAUGUACAACUUAAGCCCAUUCAGAAUCCUUGUCGGAGUAAUUUGUACUUAGUAGGUAUGAAGAAAAGAAAUAAACUAAAUGUAUAUAAUUUAUUGAAAACAGAAAUGUCUAUGAAUCUACAAUCAUUGACUUUUACGUUGUUUGUCAAGCUCUCCCUCUCUCCCCUCUCUCUCACUCUCUCUCGUAGAAAACUUUUUUAACCCCCUUGUUUCAACAACCACAGUCUUUCACUUCGAGAUGACAUGCUGGUACACUACUAUACAGCACUAUGUAGAUAUCAUUAUUGGAGUAUCUGAUAAAUUCCUAUCUAACACACGUACAGUCUCUUAAUUCUUGUGCGUCAGUAGAUAUUUUCCAAGGGCAAAAUGAAUUUUACGUUAU